GUGACGGUGGGGGACGACAAUCUUAGGUGUCGGCGGUGCGUUUUACUCUCCGCGAGUUCAUCCGCAGUCCGUACUCCCCGGAUAGCGGUGAUUGCGCUUUGACGAUAGCUGCUCAGGUGGUUCGUUUUUUGCGAUCAUACUCGCUUGUCGAGUUGGACCUAGCAGCUGAGCGAGAGGUGUGACUGGCACGACAAUUCUAAAAGAGCACGUGCAGAUAUAGGAUGACACCGGAUCACGGCGCGCCUUACGCGCGGCUCUGCCACAUCGUCAAAUGGGACAAUUUUGACGGCUAUGGCUUCAAUCUCCACGCGGAGAAGGGCAAAAGUGGCCAGUUUAUCGGUAAGGUGGAUGAGGGCUCGCCGAGCGAGGCAUCGGGCCUCCGCCAGGGCGAUCGCAUCGUCGAGGUUAACGAGAUCAACAUCGCCAGUGAGACUCAUAAACAAGUGGUCGAGCGCAUUAAAGCCUUUCCCACAGAAACAAAGCUGUUGGUUGUCGAUCAGAGGGCGGACGACUACUUCAAGGCUAACAACGUACCGAUCAAGGGUACAAUGCCGGGCGUCCGGAUUCUCAAAACGCCGGAGCGCAAUCUUGCGGAGCACGAAGAUGAGGAAGAGGAGGAAGAUCUGGGUCGCAGGCCCAACGACGUUGAAUACCAGGUUACGAACGAUACGCACUCGAUUGGCUCAGCUGGAGAAACCUUCCUGCACCAUGAAAACGGCAAUGGUUCGGGCAUUACCCGUCACGAGGACGAUGACAAUACCAGUGAGAAAUCGACGGCGAGUGGCAAGGAGCAACCGAAUGGCAGUUCUCUUAAUCUCGCAAUGAGCGCCAAGGAGCUCAGGGCCAAGCUCGCUAUGCGCAAAAAGUAUGACCCAAAGAAGGAAUCACUUGGCUUCAAGGAUAAGUUCGACAUCGUCCAAAAACUCUAGCGUUUCGAACUCUGUGUAUACUCCAUUAACCUCGUCAGCCCUUUCAUUUACAUCUAUGCGUUCUACCAUAUCGCAUUGUUAAAUGUACGUAGAUUUAUUUAACAGAACAAAAGUAAGAGUAAAAUAAAAAGACAAAAAGUUAUCUGUCAAUCG